AUGGUGAUUGUUUUUAUUCACAUGUAUGGCUCGCUCGAGCAUGCAGUAGAUGUAGGCGAAGAAUAUCCUGAACAUGGUGGACUAACUAUCUUGGGACCUGCUAGCGAUAUUUUCUUCGCUGUUUACGACAUCGUGCCAUUCGCGGCUUCGAUUAUCGCUUUCAUGGGAUUUUUGGAAAGCGUGAAGGAAGCUGACGUUCUGUUUCUUUUUCUUUUUUCAACUCCUCACGAUUUGGCAACCGAAUUUUAA